UAUGGAUCGAAUGCUGAUAUUCGUGGUUCCACUGCUCCUCUGGCAGUUGGUUCACAUCCCUGGCUCGACGGGGGGCUACAGUGACUUUGAGAUAGCAGAGGAAAUAACGACGGUACGUCAAUACUUGCCGGGACCUAUAAGGUUGCAGAGAACUGAAGGACGGACUCGAAACACUUUGUCAAUCGAUCAAGAGAAUGCUACAUUUAAUGGGGAAAUGGUGGAUAACUACUGUUGCUUCUGGGUGUAUCAGAAGCAUCCAGCGAUUCCCGAGAACUGGGAGCAUCGGGCAGAGUAUCCCUGGGAUUUCGUACUCAAUGGAAUUUUCGUGAAGAACCAACGAAACUAUACCGAUCCCGAUCCAGUCCAUUAGACCAUUGGAAAGCCGAUUCACCCCAAUCGAUUGUGUGCACUGUGGCUAUGCGUUUAAUUGGGCCCUGGCCCUGGGCCCACGUACAUCUUAACUGAGGCACAAAAUUAUAAUUAACUUUGUCUGGCUAAAGUUUCCUCAAAA